CGCGGCGUGUGUGGGGCCCGGAACCGCGGAUCCCGGCGGCUUGCGUGCGAAGAGGCCUGCGAGCUCCAUGGCUGCGCCCCCGGUUCCCAUGGACGCCUCCCCCUCGGCCCCGCCGCCCACAGCAGCUAGAGACGCGCCAGGUCGGCCGGCCGAGAAUGAGGCUGCGUGCGAGGACCGCAGCAAUGCAGAGCGCCUGGACAGACUCCUCCCACCCGUGGGUGCUGGGCGGUCGCCACGCAAGCGCACCACCAGCCAAUGCAAGUCGGAGCCGCCCCUGCUGCGUACACGCAAGCGCACCAUCUACACAGCGGGGCGGCCACCCUGGUACAACGAGCACGGCACGCAGUCCAAGGAGGCCUUUGCCAUUGGUUUGGGAGGUGGCAGUGCCUCUGGGAAGACCACCGUGGCCAGAAUGAUCAUUGAGGCCCUGGAUGUGCCCUGGGUGGUCUUGCUGUCCAUGGACUCCUUCUAUAAGGUGCUGACCAAGCAGCAGCAGGAGCAAGCCGCCCGCAACAACUUCAAUUUUGACCACCCAGACGCCUUUGACUUUGACCUCAUCAUCUCUACCUUGAAGAAGCUGAAGCAGGGGAAAAGCGUCAAGGUGCCCAUCUACGACUUCACCACGCACAGCCGGAAAAAAGACUGGAAGACACUGUAUGGUGCGAACGUCAUCAUCUUUGAGGGAAUCAUGGCCUUUGCUGACAAGACACUGCUGGAGCUCCUAGACAUGAAGAUCUUUGUGGACACAGACUCUGAUAUCCGCUUGGUGCGGCGGCUGCGCCGUGACAUCAGUGAACGGGGCCGGGACAUUGAAGGCGUCAUCAAGCAGUACAACAAGUUUGUCAAGCCUGCCUUUGAUCAGUACAUCCAGCCCACCAUGCGCCUGGCUGACAUUGUGGUGCCCAGAGGGAGCGGCAACACCGUGGCUAUCGACCUGAUUGUUCAGCAUGUGCAUAGCCAGCUGGAGGAGGGCUGCACUGGCCUCAGCGCACCAGUGCCAUCCCCUGCCUCAGACACUGAGUGUACUCAAGAGCACGCCGCAGGUACGGGGCAUGCACACUAUCAUCAGGUGAGCACCCACCCCCAGGAGGGGGUGCCCCAGCAGGCCCACUCCCUGCUAAACCACUGGCCCCACAGGGACAAGGAGACCAGCCGUGAUGAAUUCAUCUUCUACUCCAAGAGGCUGAUGCGGCUGCUUAUUGAGCACGCACUCUCCUUCCUGCCCUUCCAGGUGUGCAGCAUGUGGGAUGGGGACGUUGGGCAAGUAGGGCUGGGGGUUCCCUGCAUUCACAGUGCCCUAUGGCCCAUGCAGGAGUGUGUCGUACAGACCCCGCAGGGGCAGGACUACGCUGGCAAGUGCUAUGCUGGAAAGCAGAUCACCGGAGUCUCAAUCCUGCGUGCCGGUGAGACUAUGGAGCCUGCCCUGCGCGCGGUAUGCAAGGACGUGCGCAUCGGCACCAUCCUGAUCCAGACCAACCAGCUCACUGGGGAACCUGAGCUUCACUACCUUCGGCUGCCCAAGGAUAUCAGCGAUGACCACGUGAUCCUGAUGGACUGCACGGUAUCCACAGGCGCUGCAGCCAUGAUGGCUGUGCGCGUGCUCCUGGACCAUGAUGUGCCUGAGGACAAGAUCUUCCUGCUGUCACUCCUCAUGGCAGAGAUGGGCGUGCACUCAGUGGCUUAUGCGUUCCCACGUGUAAAGAUCAUCACCACCGCUGUAGACAAGCGAGUCAAUGAUCUUUUCCGGAUCAUUCCAGGCAUAGGGAAUUUUGGUGACCGCUACUUUGGGACAGAUGCAGUUCCUGAUGGCAGUGAUGAGGAAGAAGUGGCCUCCACAGGUUAACUGCCCAGGCUAAGCCACCCAGAUGCCACCAACCUGCUGCUUCCUGGCCUGGCUUGCAGUAUACAAAGGCAUAACUUAAAAUUUUUAAAAUGUUAUCAAUAUAACUUAUUCUAUACGUUUUAUAAAAUAAAGCUUUAGGAAAA